AUGGACCUGACUCCAAGGUCCGAAAGGGCUGCCCAUGCCUCUGGCGAUGAUGGAAAAGUCCUUGGGAGAUUCACUGCCCUGAAAGAAUGGCUCUAUCGCGAUCCCGCGAGCCCCAAGGCGCUGCAGACGCCCACGACACCUAGGAGCCCUGAUCUCCCCAAACAUUCUGAACCAUCUGCUCUGAAGCAUGUCGCAAUUCAAGACAACGUCGCUGUAAUCACUGAGCAUCCCAGUUCCGUUCUGGCCAAGACAUCUACCAACGCCUCCAUACGCAACACCGAUAAUCCCACCACGCACCCAAGUGCGACUGGCGUAUCGGAAACAACCCAUCAAGAUCAAGAAGCAGCUUUCAACUCUUCUGAGGGAGGAGCAAAAAUCUCGGAAAGUCCUAAGCCGAACAACCUUGAGCCAGAGACUCGGGCUGGAGAGCCACCGAACACGCCCGAGGACAUGCCAGUCGAUCCAUCCCAAAGAACGGAUGGAUUCGCUGAAUUCGAAGUACAAUCGCAGCGGAGCAGGGCCUCGUGGGACGUCAGCGAUGGCCUCUCCGAUGGUGACAACCAGAACGAGCCGCAGCAAAAUUCGGUGCCUGACGGAUUCAGAGUGUCGCGAACCAUGCUCUGGCUACGGUCAACCUCUGAACCACCUGCUCUUGCUCACUCGCUGGAAUCUAUGGCUGGAAUCCACCAUUACACAAGAGAUAUCGACACUGAAACUGGAUACUUUUUGCCAGAAAUCACAUAUCCAGACACCCUCAAAACUCUUCACGAAGGCCCGUCUCGUGAUCAAAGAGACAUCGCUUGGCGACAGGCCAACAUGACUGCAGAGUUACAGAUCAACAGAGAAAUCAGAAGCCGAGAGUUGCUUGCACUGAAGCUCAAGUCACAAAUCAAGCCGCAACUUGACCCUGUAGCUUUCAAACGCGAGGUUACUCCAAGGGCCAACUGUGUUGUGCGACCUGCUACGCCCCAGGAUUUCGCGGCCAUUGCAGCCAUCAUCAACAUGGAAAGCCGGACGAAGGGCAUCCCACAGGUCAUGGAAUGGAAAGAGGUCACGGGUGCUGAUGUGCAGAGGAUAUUCGACAAUUGCCGCGAUAAUUUGCAGCCGUUUGUCGUCGCUACGACUGCAGACCCCUUAAUGGACCUUGCCAACUGGCCUAUUGAUUCCUCGGAUCUCUAUGAAGAGUACCUCGCCUUUCGUUCAGCUCAAGCAAAGGUUGUGCCAAAGGUUCUCGGCUUCGCCUAUGUGAUGGAAGCCAGAGUUGGCAUGCUCGGAGGCUCAUGCCCAGGAUCAAGGCACACUGGUCAGGUCAAGAUCAUCGUCCAUCCCAACCAUCGAGGCAAGCUGUAUGGCUCAGCCUUGCUGGACAGGAUCCUUGUUUGCACUGCGCCGUUCCAUCGGAGAGUUCUGGAGUACGGCUGGCGGUGCCAAGACUCCUCCGGCGUGUAUGAAGAAAAUCCCGUCUUCAAUCGCCGCAAGUACGCUUGGAUCUAUAUCGAGAGGUUCUGCGACGGAAGAGAUGACGCUACACUGAAAAAGGCGAUCAGGUUCUUCGAAAAGUUUGAGUUCCAGGAGGCGUGCUACCUGCGCUGCGCUGUCAAGACAGAUCGAUACUACGAGAGCCAAUGGCUUGACCUGGUGCUGUGGGCACGCGAAGCGCAGCCGCGCUCCAACAUCGCGGACCUCUUGCCUGGCGCCCAGAAUCUGUGA